AUGUUCGGCAUCCUCAAAUUCCAGACCUUCCUCCUGGUCGUCCUCCUUUUCAUCUGCUCUUGCACCUAUCUCCACGGCGUCUUCCCGGCCUGGCUGGACAGGAACAAGAGCGGUCCUCUCGGAACGUUCUGGCGGGCGGCGAGGGUUGGUGAGCGGCUGAGUCCAUAUGUCAGCCUGUGUUGUAUAGCCAUGGCGGUCAGUCUGAUGGUGGGCGAAUGA